AUGCAGAGGAGCGGUGAACACGAGUGCGAGUUGUGCCAUAUGCGAUACAGCUGUGUACGGCUGCUGCGUGCGCAUGUUAAUGCGGCGCACGCGCGUCGGUACGCAUGCAGGCGUUGCCCGUAUCUAUCGCAAACCAGGUGCAAGGCGAGAGAGCACGAGAUGUGGCACAAUGGUCAUACAUACCCUUGUCAAAUUUGUGGAGUGAUUUUUGAGUAA